AUGAACAAUAAUAAUAUGGUACUGAAGAAGUGUUUAUCCGGCGUUUUAAAUAAUUUUCAAUUCGAUUUUCAGAAAAAAUCCAUAUGCAAUUGCAGAUUUAUUGGCGAACUGUUUAGAAACGGCGCGUUCCCAGAAAAAUAUAUUCUCAAGUGCAUUGGAGAUUUAGGUAAAGAGAAGAAUGACAACAACUAUGAACUACAAAUGCACUGUUUAUGUACAAUAUUACAAUCAUUAGGCCAAUAUUAUCAAAAGUAA